UUUUCUUUGGACUUCACAGCAGUUGAAGAGAAUAUGGACAACUUCAUGACUCAGGUGAAGAACCUAGCUCAGUCGCUCUACCCAUGUUCAGCCCAGAAGCUUGACUAUGACAUGAAGCUGCAUAUUCUGGAGAAUACCUCUGUCACGUGCAACGACGGAACGCCAGCUGGGUAUUACCUGAAGGAGUCCAGAGGGAGUCGGAGAUGGCUGAUAUUCCUGGAGGGUGGUUGGUACUGCUUUAACAAAGAGAACUGUGACAGCAGAUAUGAGACAAUGAGAAGGCUCAUGAGCUCCUCCAAAUGGCCACAGACCAAGACAGGCACUGGUAUUCUGUCUCCUCUGCCAGAGGAAAAUCCCCAUUGGUGGAAUGCCAACAUGGUGUUCAUCCCCUACUGCUCCAGUGAUGUUUGGAGUGGAGCUUCUCCAAAGACAGAUGAAAAUGACUACGCCUUCAUGGGGUCUUUAAUCAUAAAAGAGGUGGUGAAAGAAUUACUGACGAAGGGUUUGGACAACGCUAAGGUGCUGCUGUUAGCCGGGAGCAGUGCUGGGGGCACAGGGGUGCUUCUGAACGUGGAUGCUGUGGCAGAGCUCCUGGAGGAAAUGGGCCAUUCCAGUAUUCAGGUCCGAGGUCUGUCCGACUCCGGAUGGUUUCUGGAUAACAAACAGUAUCGCUGCACCGACUGCGUGGACACCAUCAGCUGUGCUCCUACAGAAGCCAUUAAGAGAGGAAUCCAGUAUUGGGGUGGCGUAGUUCCUGAGCGAUGCAGACAGGCAUAUGAAGGAAAAGAGUGGAACUGUUUCUUUGGAUACAGAGUUUAUCCCACAAUUAGACGUGAGUGUCCAGUAUUUGUGGUCCAGUGGCUGUUUGAUGAGGCCCAGUUGACGGUGGAUAACAUCCAUCUGACUGGCCAGCCUGUGCAGGAGGGGCAAUGGCGCUAUAUUCAGAACCUGGGCAUUGAGCUGAGGAACACACUGAAAGAUGUCCCGGCUAUGUUUGCUCCAGCCUGCCUGUCGCAUGAAAUCAUCACAAGGAAUUACUGGAUCGACGUUCAGGUGAAAGGCACCUCUCUGCCCAGAGCCUUGCAUUGUUGGGACCGCAGUCUCCAUGACAACAACAGGAACAACAAAACUCCACCCAAAGGCUGUCCUAUUCAUUUAAUUGACAGCUGUCCUUGGCCUCACUGCAACCCCACGUGCCCCACCAUCCGGGAUCAGUCAACAGGACAGGAGAUGAACGUGAUCCAAUUCCUCAUGCACAUGGGCUUUGACGUGCAAAAGAUGGCCCAGCAGCAAGGCAUGGACCCCAGCAAGCUACUGGGCAUGCUCAGCAGCGGCAGCUAA